CGAUGUCACCAAACUGUCACUAACAAAUCAAAAAAUGGCUCAACGGACGUGGCAUACUUUCUUCGUGUUAAUUUUAAUUUUUACGAUUUUAUCAAUUGUGGGCGAUGUUUUAUCAACAUCACCGGGACCAUGGUACGAGAAUUUGCCUGCAGUUACCAUGGACUACAAAGUACACAUUGAUGCGGGCAAAGAAGAUUGUUACUUUCAGUAUGUGCAACCUGGUGCGACAUUUUACGCUAGCUAUCAGGUGUUAAAAGGAGGAGAUGGUAUGUGUGGUUUUGCGGUGCGCCAUCCUAAUGGGCAAAUUGUUCAUCCAUACGAAUGGCGGCAAAGCGCUGAGUACGCAGAUCAAACGAGUUCGGGUGGAUACUACGCCGUGUGUAUUGACAAUCAGUUCUCCAGGUUUGCAGGCAAGCUGGUGAACUUGUACUUAUCAGUGAUCAGAUACGACAUGUGGGAAAAGUAUGCCAAGGAGGUUGAAGAGCUUGAUAUGAAUAUAAAGAACUUUACACAUUCUAUUCAAUUUGUGGAGCACAACAUCAAUGAGAUUCUGCAGUAUCAAUACCAUUCCAGAGCGAGAGAGUCACGAGACUACAACUUGUUGCAGGAUAAUAAUGCUUAUGUACUUAGAUGGUCCUUCGUCCAGAUCCUAGCUAUUGCAGCUACUGGGACAUUGCAGGUGUAUUUUGUAAGAAAACUUUUUGAGGUUAAGGAUAACUCGUCCAAAACAAGAAUAUGAUUUGAUUUUUUGUGUAAUAAUUCUAAGAUUAUUUCAUUGUUAUUGUCUUGACUCCCUUCUGACUGAGUUCUGUUAAUUGUGUUUGUCAUUCAUGUUUGAUGAUCUCUGAUUUUUUUUUAUUUUUAUAAGUUUUUAAAAUUGGGUUUUUUUUUUAAAUAAUAAAUACCUAAAUAAUACUCUUGAUUCCCACAAUGCAGUUAUUUUAAAUAGUUUUUUUACUAUAAUAAUUAUAAUAAUAAUUCUUCGCUUAAUGUACAUACUAAUUAUAUUUUUGAUAUAUAACUUCCAAACUUAUUCUUAAUUAAAAGACAUAUUUUUAUAUACCUAUUUAGGCAUAUUUCUGUAAUGCAGGAAUGUGUGAUAUAUUUCUACUUAAAAAAGUUAACAAAUAUUAAAAUUAUGUGCCAAUUUUAUGUGGUGUUAAUUGUUAUUGUACAAAGAAUUUGAUUUAUAUGUAAUGAAUCGGCCUUCAAAAUGACUAUAGAAGUAUAUU